CGGAUACAGUAAGUGCUUAAAUACUGAACGGUUGGCGAGCGGUUGAAGUGGUUUCGUUAGCGGCUAAAGACGAUAGCAAGGAAACCCGUAUUUCUGCUGCGGCGUAAGGUGUAAUUUUUGGAAGAACAUAAAAUGGCUGGCGGUAAGGCUGGGAAGGACUCCGGAAAGACCAAGACAAAGGCUAUUUCGCGCUCACAGAGAGCAGGGCUGCAGUUCCCAGUGGGUCGUAUCCACAGACACCUGAAGUCCAGAACCACCAGCCACGGCAGAGUGGGCGCCACAGCAGCCGUGUACAGCGCGGCUAUUCUUGAAUACCUCACCGCUGAGGUUCUGGAGUUGGCAGGAAAUGCAUCAAAGGACCUUAAAGUGAAGAGAAUCACCCCACGCCACUUACAGCUUGCCAUCAGAGGAGAUGAAGAGCUAGAUUCUCUCAUCAAGGCCACAAUUGCUGGUGGAGGUGUGAUCCCGCACAUCCACAAGUCUCUAAUCGGAAAGAAGGGCCAGCAGAAGACUGUAUAACUUGGGGUGCUCUGGAUGGUGUGCCUCUCAGGAUUUAAGUCUGCAUCUGAAGUGGUUAAAUGUCUUGCAUCCUUGCAUUUAUUCAUUGGGGUUCUUUUUUUUUUUUUUUUUUUUCCUCCUGUCUCAAGUGGCUUCAAAGAAGCUCUUUUUUUUUUUUCUCAGUUUUUCUGGUGCUGCAAUUUGUUAUCCAUGCUGUGUGGCAGUCCCAUGUUUUAAAGUGAUGUUUUAAUAAAGCCCUUCUUGGGCAUAUGUUCUGUUUA